ACUUCUCUGCAUACUUCCUUGAAUUUUGCUUCAGAUUUUCGAAGCCUAAAAAUUAAACAGUCUACACACGCACAUAACACAACAAGUUUUGGCAUAAUUCAUACAAAAUUUCAACUGCAAAGCAAGCAUUUCUCGAAACUAGCAACAUCAGCCCCACAAUAGCGAAGAGAUCCAUCUUAGCGUAUAAAGUUGUUCAAGGUUUUCCCAAAAAACGUAAAAUAAUAAAGACGAGCUGCGACCAGAUACGUUUUCAAAAUAUAAAUAAAUAAAGUUAAAACAAGGUAGCUCUAACGGCUACCAGGACUCGAUAAGACUAUCGAAUUAUAGAAUCGAGAAGUGAAGCGCUAAGCGUGAAGUGAACAGCCUGGUAACGCAUUAUGCAAAGCAGCUCUGUCAUAGUCAACCCUGUACACUGCGAUAACGAUAAGUAACAGCGCUGACUCACGCGCUCCCAUCACCAAUUCUCCACCAUUUUUCCCGUGUGGCUCGUUUUCGCCGUUGGUGUGGAUAAGACACGCGUCUGAAAGCAUAAAAACGCGAAAGCGUACAAAAAACCAUACAUUUUAAGAACAAGCAUAAUAACUGGCUUGUGAUUGUCAGUAGGCACAAGUAGGCCUAGUUAAGCAUAUGAACAUUAAAAAGUCUUAUUGAUCGAAGGAACUGAUUGUGAAAAGUACAACCUCGCUCUCUCCACAUAAGAACGUAGUAGCUUGUGGAACGUAAGAAGUUGUCGGAAAAAAAAACUGAAAGAAAAACGUAUAGACACGAAGUGCAACACAAACAUACAUAAAGAAAGAAACACAAAUUACAAUAAUUUUUUUAGAAAUUGCAAGUGUGCGCAAAAUCAAGAACAAUUCCAAAAUUUUCCUAAACGGAAAGAAAGAAAAAACAAGCAAGUGAUUGGAGGAUAAUAUGAGUAAUGCUAUUAACCAAAAUGGCACAGGUCUAGAGCAGCAAGUUGCUGGUCUGGACUUGAAUGGCGGCUCGGCUAACUAUAGCGGCCCCAUAACAAGCAAGACUUCCACUAAUUCGGUCACUGGUGGCGUUUAUGUGCCCCCGCAUCUUCGAGGUGGUGGUGGCAACAACAACGCGGACUUAGACAAUCAAGGCCAAGGCUUUGAUUCAGGUGCCGCACCGCACAGGGAUCAGCAGCAGCAGCAGCAACGCGGCGGUGACUAUCGCAGAGGCGAUCGCGGCGGAAAUCGCGGCUACAAUCGCCAGAGCGGCGAAUACGGAAGUUUUGGAAGCGGCGGCGGCGGUGGUGGCAGGCGUGGUGGCAGCAACCGCUACGAGGAAAAUUAUAACGGUGGUGAAUACGACUCGCGUCGCGGUGGUGACUGGAAUCGAGGAGGUGGGCGUAACUUUGGGGAUCGACGCGGACCAUCUUAUCGCGGAGGCGGAGGUGGUGGCGGCGGUGGAGCCGGAGGCAACGGCCUCAAUGAGCAACCGGAGGAGGUACAGCAGCCCCGCAAUGAUCGCUGGCAGGAACCUGAGCGUCCCAUUGGAUUCGAAGGGGGUGCCAGCGAGGGCGGUCCACCCGGCGGCAGCGGUGGCGGCGGCAACAGAGGCUAUGGCAAUCGCGGGGGCGGCAGCGGCGGUGGCUACAACAGUCGCUGGAAGGAAGGCGGCGGGGGCGGCGGAAACGUCGAUUACACAAAGCUGGGAGCACGUGAUGAGCGACUGGAACAGGAGCUGUUCGGUGUGGGCAACACGGGCAUCAAUUUUGACAAAUACGAGGAUAUACCCGUGGAGGCGACGGGCCAGAAUGUACCGCCGCAUAUCACAUCGUUCGAUGAUGUGCAGCUGACGGAGAUUAUCCGGAACAAUGUGAAUCUGGCGCGUUAUGAUAAACCGACGCCGGUGCAAAAAUACGCAAUACCAAUUAUAAUCAGCGGACGAGAUCUGAUGGCGUGCGCUCAGACCGGCUCUGGUAAAACGGCCGCCUUUCUGGUGCCUAUCUUGAAUCAGAUGUAUGAGCACGGAUUAUCGGCGCCGCCGCAAAGCAAUCGGCAAUAUAGCCGACGCAAGCAGUAUCCGUUGGGCCUGGUGCUGGCGCCGACCCGUGAGCUGGCCACCCAAAUAUUUGAGGAGGCCAAAAAGUUUGCUUAUCGCUCGCGCAUGCGUCCCGCUGUACUCUAUGGUGGCAACAAUACUAGCGAACAGAUGCGUGAAUUGGAUCGUGGUUGUCAUUUAAUUGUGGCCACACCCGGUCGCUUGGAGGAUAUGAUAACACGCGGCAAAGUAGGAUUGGAGAAUAUUCGCUUUCUGGUACUAGAUGAAGCCGAUCGAAUGUUGGACAUGGGCUUUGAGCCCCAGAUACGUCGCAUUGUGGAGCAGCUGAAUAUGCCACCGACGGGACAGCGACAGACAUUGAUGUUUUCGGCCACAUUCCCCAAACAAAUCCAGGAGCUGGCCAGCGAUUUUCUCAGCAAUUACAUUUUCUUGGCCGUAGGACGUGUUGGCUCCACUUCGGAGAACAUAACACAAACUAUAUUGUGGGUAUACGAUCAAGAUAAGCGCUCUUAUUUGUUAGAUCUGUUGUCAUCGAUACGGGAUGGGCCCGAGUACUCGAAGGAUAAUCUGACGCUCAUUUUUGUGGAAACAAAGAAGGGCGCCGAUUCUCUGGAAGAGUUCCUUUAUCAGUGCAAUCAUCCGGUCACCAGCAUUCAUGGUGAUCGCACCCAAAAGGAGCGAGAAGAGGCGUUGCGCUGCUUCCGUUCGGGUGAUUGCCCGAUUCUCGUUGCCACAGCUGUGGCAGCACGUGGUCUGGACAUUCCGCAUGUGACUCAUGUCAUUAAUUUUGACCUGCCUACCGAUGUGGAAGAGUAUGUGCAUCGUAUUGGUCGUACGGGUCGUAUGGGUAAUCUCGGCGUUGCUACAUCCUUUUUCAAUGACAAGAAUCGCAACAUUUGCUCCGACCUUCUGGAGCUGCUGAUCGAGACCAAACAGGAGAUACCUGGUUUUCUCGAAGAAAUGCUUAGUUCGGAUCGUGGUCAUGGUGGCGCUAAACGUCGUGGUGGCGGUGCCGGUUCCCGUUAUGGUGGCGGUUUUGGCUCACGUGAUUAUCGUACAUCUUCUGGUGGUGGUGGUGGCGGCCGCAGCGGUGGCAUUAGCGGUGGCGGCGGCGGCGGUGGCGCUCGCAGUGGUGGUUCAGGCGGUGGUGGCAACUAUCGCAGCAAUGGAAACUCGUAUGGUAAGUUUGGUGGCAGCUCUGGCGGUGGCGCCUAUGGCGGUGGCUCGUAUGGCGGAUCCUACGGUGGCGGCGGCGGUGGUGGUGGCUCCCACUCAAACAACGGGCCUGACUGGUGGGGUCAAUGAGCAAGGCUUGUCAGCCAGCGAGGCCGGCAGCAUCCACAGCGACCACAUCGACCCGA